UCGGGUGGCGGCGCCCGACGGAGCAUAGGGGUGACGGCGGCGGCGGCGGCGGCGGCGGCCGACGGCUGGAAGGACAAGCUCCCUUCGCCGCUCAUUCUCCUUCCACGGUCCGCUCGGUGCCCGGCGGCGCGUCGGCGCCCGGGCGCUCGGGCUCCGUCCCAUCUCCUCCUGCCCCCAGCGCCGGGGCGGACCCGCGUCCCGACCCCGGACCCUCCCUUUCGGGGGCUGGGCGCCUGUGCGGGCUCAGCGCAGGCAGCGGGGGCCGCUCUCCUGCUCGACUGUCGCGCCUCCAUGUCGGAUAACCAGAGCUGGAACUCGUCGGGCUCGGAGGAGGAUCCGGAGACCGAGUCCGGGCCGCCUGUUGAGCUCUGUGGGAUCCUGAGCAAGUGGACAAAUUACAUUCAUGGGUGGCAGGAUCGUUGGGUAGUUUUGAAAAAUAAUACUCUGAGUUACUACAAAUCUGAAGAUGAGACAGAGUAUGGCUGCCGGGGAUCUAUCUGUCUCAGCAAAGCUGUUAUUACGCCUCAUGAUUUUGAUGAAUGCCGAUUUGAUAUUAGUGUAAAUGAUAGUGUCUGGUAUCUAAGAGCUCAGGAUCCAGAUCAUAGACAACAAUGGAUAGAUGCUAUUGAACAACACAAGACUGAAUCUGGUUAUGGAUCAGAAUCAAGCUUACGCCGACAUGGCUCAAUGGUAUCACUUGUGUCAGGAGCAAGUGGAUAUUCAGCAACAUCUACUUCAUCAUUCAAGAAAGGCCACAGUUUGCGUGAGAAAUUGGCUGAAAUGGAAACCUUUAGAGACAUCCUAUGUAGACAAGUUGAUACUCUACAGAAGUACUUUGAUGCCUGUGCAGAUGCAGUUUCCAAGGAUGAACUUCAGAGGGAUAAAGUGGUAGAAGAUGAUGAAGAUGAUUUUCCUACAACACGUACUGAUGGAGAUUUAUUGCAUAAUACGAAUGGCAAUAAGGAAAAGUUAUUUCCACAUGUGACACCCAAAGGAAUUAAUGGCAUAGACUUUAAAGGGGAAGCAAUAACAUUUAAAGCAACUACUGCUGGAAUACUUGCAACACUUUCUCAUUGUAUUGAACUCAUGGUAAAACGUGAGGACAGCUGGCAAAAGAGAUUGGAUAAGGAAAUUGAGAAAAAAAGGAGGAUAGAAGAAGCUUACAAAAACGCUGUGACUGAACUAAAGAAAAAAUCCCAUUUUGGAGGACCAGAUUAUGAGGAAGGUCCAAAUAGUCUGAUUAAUGAGGAGGAAUUCUUUGAUGCUGUUGAAGCUGCUCUUGACAGACAAGAUAAAAUAGAAGAACAGUCACAGAGUGAAAAGAGCAGAUUGCAUUGGCCUACAUCCCUACCACCAUCUAGUGAUGUUUAUUCUUCUGUGGGUACUCAUAGAUUUGCUCAACAGCCCUAUAGUCGCUCUUCCUCCAUGUCUUCCAUUGAUCUAGUCAGUGCCUCUGAUGAUGUUCACAGAUUCAGCGCACAGGUUGAAGAGAUGGUGAAGAACCAUAUGACUUACUCAUUACAGGAUGUAGGCGGAGAUGCCAAUUGGCAAUUGGUGGUAGAAGAAGGAGAGAUGAAGGUUUAUAGAAGAGAGGUAGAAGAAAAUGGAAUCGUCUUGGAUCCUCUGAAAGCUACUCAUGCAGUCAAAGGAGUGACAGGACAUGAGGUCUGCAGUUAUUUCUGGAAUGUUGAUGUUCGCAAUGACUGGGAAACAACUAUAGAAAAUUUCCAUGUUGUAGAAAAGUUGUCUGAAAAUGCAGUCAUCGUUUACCAGACUCACAAGAGGGUGUGGCCUGCUUCUCAACGUGAUGUGCUAUAUCUCUCUGCCAUCCGGAAGAUUCCAGCAUUGACUGAAAAUGACCCUGAAACUUGGAUUGUAUGUAAUUUUUCUGUGGAUCAUGAUAGUGCACCUGUAAACAAUCGAUGUGUUCGUGCCAAAAUAAAUAUUGCUUUGAUAUGUCAAACCUUGGUAAGCCCACCAGAGGGAAACCAGGAAAUAAGCCGAGACAAUAUUCUAUGCAAGAUCACAUAUGUAGCUAAUGUGAACCCUGGAGGAUGGGCACCAGCAUCAGUGUUAAGGGCAGUGGCAAAACGAGAGUAUCCCAAGUUUCUAAAGCGUUUCACGUCCUAUGUCCAAGAAAAAACCACAGGGAAACCAAUUUUGUUCUAAUGUUAACAGAGACUAAAGCAAGGCUGUGUGAACAUUCCAUGUUGGAGGAAUUAACCAAAAUGAAUGCUCUAAGCUGGAACGUAGGAUCUACAGCCCUUUCUGUGGCCCACGACUUUGGCUUUGUGCACUGAAAUGAAGAAACUCUGCAAUACAGUGAUGCUGAACAUCUAACACUGGCUCUCUCCUACUAGCUCUCCUUGCUUAAUGUAUAACUACAAAUACAUGUAAUAGUACAUGUAUAUGGCUAUAUUUUUAUUUGCUUGCUUUGGGUGGGGGGACUUUGAAUCACAAACUGGGGAUUAAUGCUUUAAUUUGGGGAAAUUUUUGCAAAACUUUUAAUUUUACUAUGGCCCUGCUUAAGAGCCUCAUAUAUGUGUUGAGUUUUUGUGUGCAAAUUUUAAAGCACAUAAUACAAACACAUAAGGUAAGGACAUAUGUGCUUUCUGUGCACCAGACAUAAAGGGUAUGGUUCUUUUUUUUUUUUUUCCAGGCCUGCAGUCAAUUCUAGAUGGCCAGAAUUUUCUGAUUUUGCUUUGUAUAAUCAUAGAGUCCAUUGCUGCUGAUUUCUAUAAUGAAUCAUCUUGUCAUGUAAAAUGUCUCAAUAACUGAGGGCUGUCAAUAACCAAUGACUUUGCCUUUUCUAUUGUCUUACUCUUAUGAUGAACUUUGGUUCUGAUGGAGAAAGUGUGAAAAGCUUUAUUUUUUUCUCAGAUAUCUUUAUAUUUCUAUUGUAUUUUUCAGUUGUGUACUAUGUGCUAUAUAGUUUUUUGGGUUUGUUUUUAUGAACACAAUUUGGCAAUUUCUAGAGUGGUUCUAUUAUGACCUUCAAGAGACUGCCUUCCUGAAAACAGCAUCAAUAUCUGUUCUUCCCUCAUUGGGUAGAGAUAGGACUGUUUUCUGGCAAGAUGAUUAAGGUUACUGAGCUCAUGUUUUCCAGAAAUUGCAAAAGGAUGCACUGUAAUACUUAUUAAAGUAGAUCAAACUUUAUAAGUUUGACAUUUGACAACAUUCCCAGUACAUAAAAACAGGCAUGUUUACUGGUCCUUCUGAUUCUGGUCUCAAAACUGUGUUGUGAAGUUUGCAUAGAAAAUGUGAGUUAUAUUAUUAUUGCCUCUUGGUCAGAACCUUCAUUGAACAGUAAAGGAUUCUGUUUAAUUUUAAUUGCAGAGUUCUCCUUAGUUGCUGUGAAAAUUUAAAUGUAAAAUAACUUUUUAGAUGACUGUAAACAACUUUAAAACUUGGAGUUGAGGCAGAAAAUGGUACUCUUUUAAAGAAGUAGAAAUGACUGCCGGCUUCAGAAUCUUUUUGGUGAUUAUGUCUUUGAAAGAGAACGCAAAAGCGUUUCUUGGGUGUUUUGCUGACUUAUGCAUCUCAGUAGAAAUAGAAGUCUGAUACUUUUUUGUAAAGUCAUGUAGUAUGAAACAUGUCCUGUAUAUAUUUCAUACAUGAUAAUGGAUUCUUGAUGUUUAAUGCAAGAUGAUUUAAUGACGGGAUGAGGCUGAACACUUAAAUCUCCACAAUCCUGGAAGUGAAUUACUUGCAUCAGAUAUAAUAGUAUUUAUUAUUCUGUACAAAGAGAGAAAAUGCUUAUAUAAACACGUGCUUACAUUACAUGCACGCAGAUUUCAUGCUCCAUAAAAUUUUUCUAUUUUUUAAUUUGCCUUUCUCAAAAUUAUUUGCAUGGAAUAUGCCUUAUUACAGAAACAUGCUGUUCACGAUUUGAAUAUGUGGAAAAGUGCCUAUAUGGUGGUAAUACUAGUAAGGCAAAUGAGACAAAAAUGAUGAAACCUGUUUACAUCACCAGUGAACACUUUAUAUAGUGAUGUUACAAAGAGAAAAAUUUAUACCUCAAAAAUCUUAUCUACUUUUACAAUCAGGUUGGGGGAGGGAGGAAAAAGUUUCAUUUACCAUAGUCACUGAUGGGAAUUUGAAAAAAAAUUCUUUAUGCCCAGUUAUAAAUAUUGCAAUUCUGGUAAGUUAUCAUGAACAGAGUCAAAUAACUGUUUAGUAAUUUAAUUGGACAGCUUUAUUUUACAAAGAUAUGAAGAGUUUACAAAAGCAGUAUAUAAAUCUUAAUAUCAUCAGUUGCAUUUGCACUAAAUGUGAUGUACUUUUGCAAUUUAUUCUGUAAAUAAAAUGGUUACACUAAAGAUGCUAUUUGUUAAAUAACUUGUUAAUUAGUACUAGUACUUCACUAGUGCUAACCCUACUCAGAGAGGUGAAACUUAGAGAAAAUGGAAAGAGUUCAAAAUUCAGAACAGGUGCUGAUCUUUUUAGUAAAUAUUCAGAACCUGUAGAACUAUUUUCAUAAGGCUAAUUCCCACAUAUUAAGUAUCAGUGAUGCUCUUUCCCCCAGAUCAUUUUUACUUCUCAUGCCUAAGAUUCUAACUUUUAAAUUUGUAUCCUCCUACUCUCCCUUCUGUCCACAUCUCUUCUAACACCCCUUUGUGCUGUGGCAAAGAUACUGCAAGAUUCUAAAAUGCAAAAUGUUGGUGAAUCAGGAGCUUUGUCCCUGUGUAGCACAGCCAAUGUACAGUACAGGAGGGGACUCUGAAUUUUAAGAGGGUAGGUUACUAUGCAGGACAUUUUUGGGGAUUGAUAACAGGGAUAGCCAGACUGAGGAGCUGUGUGUGUGUGUGUGUGUGUGUGUGUGUGUGUGUGUGUGUGUAAAAUGAGGAGGAGGCAUGGCUUUUUCCAUUUUGUCAAUUCCCCAUUAACUAAUUUGUAUGUCUGUACAUCAAUGUCAGUUGCUUUUGAGGAAAAUUUCCUUAUUUGAGAAAAAAGAAAAAAAACUUGAUUAUUUUGUCAACUUUAUUCUGUUGGACAGAACUGGUUCUCCUAUGAAGCUGUGUAGGUUCUCUUUAAGGUAAUCAGUUUGUCCAUUCACCAAAAAUCAUUCACCAAUAUUUUGUCACAGUUGUACAGAUCAAGAUGUAUUAGGGUUAUCGUCAUUAUUCAUCUACAGACUCAAAAACAUAAGAUUUUCAAGUACCUUGAGAGUGUGUAGAGUGUAACUGUUCUAUGAUAGCUUUAUGAUCCUGAUGUUAAAAAAAUAAUUGAAUCCUUCCAUGUUACAAUCAAAAAUUAAAACCAGUAUUUAAAAGUGGAAAAAGUAUUAAAAUAUUAUGGACAAA